AUGUCGUCGUAUCUAGAGAAACAGUCCUCCGUAUUCAGAGGCAGUCUCGCCUCGGCCGCGUCCAAACUGUCCAACCCGUCAAGCCUCAAAGCCACGGCCUCUCUCGCUCCGCCAUCGCCCUCGCCGUCCGCCGCCUCAGACAGCAACACGCCGACAUCAAAGAGGAAGCGUGAUGUCGCUCCGGAAGUGCCGUUUUCGCAGCCGCAGCUGACGGGAUACGGUGCCGAGGUCAAGACGCAGAUGACGUUUGCGGUGGAGUAUCUGAAGAAGAAGGGCGACGCAAAGACCAUCACGGACAUCAUCGACCACCUGAGUCUGAGGAACUACACGGAGGAGCACAAGAAGGAGCUGACGGAGGGGCUGAGGGGGCACCCGCGGGUGGAAUGGAAGCCGGAUCCGAGCCUGAGCGAGCAGACGUGGAAGACGGGCACGUACAAGCACCGGCCCAUCAUCCCGGGAGUCAAGGACGCCACGUCGCUGCUGGCCCAUCUGCAGCGCAAGACGGAUGCUUCGGGAGUGUCGGUCAAGGACCUCAAGGACGGCUGGCCCGACUGCGAGGACACGCUGGCGAAGCUGGAGGGCGAGCAUAAGAUCCUGGUGGUGCGCACAAAGAAGGACAACUUCCCGCGGUACGUGUGGGCCGACGACGCGUCGCUGCACAACUCUGUCGAGCCCGAGUUUCAGGCCAUGUGGCGCCGCGUGCAGCUGCCUAGCCUGGACGACAUGCACCGCAAGCUGGUGAGCGUUGGGCAGAAGCCGACGAGCGACGACCCGCGCAAGGCCGUGGCGGCGGCGGCGAAGCCCAAGCAACAGAAGAAGAGGGCCGGCAAGCGCAUUGGCAAGGCGACUAACACGCACAUGACGCACCUGCUCAACGAUUACAGCGGCAUGAGGCGAUGA